AUGACAGAAGAAGCAAGUGCAGAUGAUUUUCAAGUUCAGGAUUUUCUCAAGAAGAAGAAGAAGAAGAAGAAAAAAAACAAAGAAUACAAUCAGAGACAUGAAAAUGAUGACAGAGAAAGUAUAGAAAAUGCAGAGCUUAGCUGUGCUUCUCCAGUGCUGUUUGAAGAUCAAGUAGCACAGAGUGGUGAAGGCUAUAAAAAGAAGAAAAAAAAAAAGGACAAGGGGGAGAAGGAACAGUCUGCAUUAGAUAAUUCUCAUGUAGGACUGGAACAUGAAAUUAGUCAUGAAACUGAAGUGGAUGCUUCCCCCCAAAAAAAGAAAAAGAAAAAAAAGAAGCAAAACUAUAAUGAUGGUGCAGGUGAUCAAAAUGAUGUAACUUGUGUCUCAGUAAAUCAGCAUAGCACUGGUAGUUGUCUGGAGAUUGAUGUUGAUUACGUUAAUUUAAAACAAUCUGCUAAGAAGAAUAGAAAAGAAAAAUUGCCUGAAGAGGAUGAGGUACAUGAGCUGCCUACCUCAGAAACAUAUGGUGAAAAUGACCAUGAAAGAUCAAAAAAGAAGAAGAAGAAAAGAGACAACAGUAAUACCCCAGCUAUGCAAGAAGACACAGAUAUGACUGUUGACCAGUCACUGUUGUCACCUCCAGAGCAGAACAGGCAAGGGGAAAGCACAGUGUUGCCAUUACCUAAAGAAAAGGGUGGUGUGGCAACACCCCAGAAACAGCACAAGGGUGGUAACCAAGGCGCUUCUGCCAUGAGUGAAGAUUCUACGGAUGUACCUGCUAAUUCUUCUAAGCCAACUAAAGCAGCAGAUCAAUCUCCUGGGAUAACCUCAGUGCAUCCUGGAAAGAGAGUAAAAAGCAGGGCUUUUGUCAUGGAAGAAAGCUCUUCAGAAUCUGAUGUCAUGACACCAGAACCUGUGGCAUCAAAUAGCAAGAAGGACCAGAAUAGUUCCGUUGCUGAAACGGUAGCCUCUGAUGAGCUUAGUGCAGAUGAUGAAGACUGUCUGGACUCCAUCUGUUCAUUCAUUGAUUUGGAUACUGCAAAAAAAGAAUUGGAAGAGUUUAUUCCUCAUGUGAGGAGUAUAUCAGACAGUUCAAUUAGGAAGAUGGCUGGAAGAGAUCUAACGAGGUUUAAACAGUUUAAGAAACAAGGUAUUUCUGUCAGGUUUGGCAGAUUUUCCCAGAAGGAAAAUGAUCAAAUCCGGAAAAAUGUUGAAGAGUUCUUAUCAAUUACUGGAAUAGACAGUGCUGAAAAACUCCUGUUUACAUCGAGGUAUCCAGAAGAAAAAGAAACUAUCAGUCGCCUAAAAGCAAACAAUCUUUUUUGUGAAAAACUUUCUGAGGGCAUACCACGACCCUGGAGGCUGAUCUAUUACCGAGCACGGAAGAUGUUUGACUCAAAUAAUUACAAAGGCAGGUAUACUAAGGAAGAAAAAGAAAAAUUGAAAAAGUAUCAUGCGCUGCAUGGCAAUGAUUGGAAGAAGAUUUCUGAGAUGAUGUCCCGUUCUAACCUCUCAGUUGCUAUGAAAUACUCUGAAAUCAAGUCAGCUAUUAAUUAUGGUCCUUGGUCAAAGGAAGAGACUCAGAAGUUAAUGCAAGCAGUGGAAGAGGUGAUUAGGAAAAGAAUAGAAACAGAAGAUGCAGAAUCUCUUUCAUCAUCCACAAAGUCCCAUAGAGAUCUCUUGAUUGACCGUGAGAAACUCUGCCAGAAAUUACCAUGGACGGAGAUAGAAGCUAAAGUGGGAACUCGUUACUGGAGACAGUGUAAACAAAAAUGGACUACAAUUUUAACAAAGAAGAUGACCAAAGGGCAGCAGCUAUAUAGGGGAACGAAGGCAUUACAGGCCAAGAUCAAUCUUAUUAAAAGGUUGCAUGAAAUGGAACUGGAGGAUUCUAAUGAAGUGAACUGGGAAGAACUCCGUCAUAUUAUUGGAGAUGUCCCUAGAGCCUAUGUUCAAGCAAAAUUUUAUAAGCUAAAAGUCACCUGUGUCCCUUUGUGGCGAAAGAAGUCUUUUUCUGAAAUUAUUGAUUAUCUUUUUGAAAAGAAACUUCCAGAACUUGAAGCAAAGUUAGAAAAAAGGAAGGGGAAACAUCUUAGUCCGUCAACAACCACAGAACAGAAGAAGUCUUUCCGACUCAGUGAAAUUUUUGACACCAGUGAAGACAGUGAUUGA